AUAGCGAAAUGUUUGCACUUUUUACCCCUCUUCAUUUGAUUUAUACUCAUUUUGUAGAUAAUAAACACAAUAUAUGAUCAGCUCAGUAAAUAUGAUGCAUUACAAAGAUUAAAGUACACAGCAGCGCAUAAAUUAAGCAAAAUAAGCUGCACCACCACUGCAUACAUGCUGCACAAUAGGUAUAUUUUUCAAUGUAACCACUUUUAAAUGUUAAACUUAAACAAUUUAGACCUACUUGCAAUGAUUACUUUUACAUUGUGGUUAUCUACAGGGCUUCUGUCCAAACAUGGAGGCUGCUGCCCUCUUCAGGCUGAUCUACAGCAACAACAACACAUUUGGCAUGGGAAUACAGAAAGCAUGUAUAAUUGUAAGGUUGAUGUGUUAUUAGUGUCAAUGGGACAGGUCAAGAUGCAUUUUAAAAAACAUGUGAACCUGUCGUAUUUAAAUGAAUGGAGUAAACAUUGCUAUAGCCUUGAAUUACACUGUCUUUCUAAGUAGUAUAUUUAUGACUGCAGUCUGUUGAUGUGGCUCUCUAAAUUCAGUUUUAACUGAAGUCAACUUUCAAAUUUAUUUGUCGCUUAAGGGCAGAUGUAGAUCAAAUAAAAAGGGCCAAAGACAAAAAGACAGACGCAAUUACAUAAACCGUGUUAUCAUAUACAGACCCGAGCAGCACUGCCAAGGUCAGCCUCAACAUGCAGCGUUGUCACAAUCCACAAAGUACAAAAUUAUCACCAUCAUCAACAUCCCUAGAGCGUCAACACGAAACACCGUCACAACUGUCUUCCACCCCCUGACCUGAAUGAAGGAGGAACAUGGCCAUGGCAACCCAUGAGUGCCUCUGUAUGUUGACUCUUACAGAGGAGAACCUGAACCAGGAGCCAGAGGGUAGUGACUGGAACUGUGAAGGAGGAGAGCAGUGACUGACAGGAUGGAUUUUGCACUUUCGCAGCACCUGUCUGCUGUACGGGUCAGUGAGGCUGCUUUGCUGGACUCCUAUGAUUUUGCUGCUGAGCCUUCACAACGUUGGAGAGCUCAGUCUUGGCCUGGACACGGUCAUUUCCAAGAUGAAAGGGAACGUUAAAACGUAAUGUAGGAUUUAUAAAUCAUUGUCUCGAUGGUCCUAUCCUCAUUGGAUUGCACCAUUUUAUGGAGGCAGAAGAGGCGUUGCUAGCCUUUUAGGUAGAGCAUCAAGUACCAAAGGUAUCUGUAGGAUUCCACCACUUCUACUGCCUGCCUCAUAAUAAGGGUAGUGAUCUGAGAGGACUUGCACCUGAAAUUAAUUUUCAGAUAGUGGCCUCAUUUAAAGGAGCUUGAGGGUACACUUUGGAAUCACGGCUAAUUUUUGAUAAAUAGACUUUUUGGACAUUAGUGAUAGCGAAUGUCGAGCACAUGUGGAGGGAACUUCAGGCUGAACUGCCUCUAUAAUGCCAGAAUCAAAGCAGCCUUUCAUAAUUUAUAAAAAGCAGAAUGAUUUAACCUAUAUUGUGCUCAGGAUGAGCGUCAAGCGUAUUUCAUUCCCAUAUCUGUCCGUCCAUUUCCUACAUCCACAUUUAUUAGGGCCUGCUGCACUCUGGAGUCUCUCCCAGAAUUCACUGGGGAAAUUACAAGGCUAUUCUGUGACAAGGCAGACAAACAGAUAAACAAACACAUAUUUACCAGCUGUUCAUAAAGAUGCAUAUUUGAUAAUGAGGUGUCACAGUCAUAUCGCAAAAUAUUGAUGUAUCUAGUUUGACUGCCGGGCUAAUUGCUUUAAUUAAGACGGCAUUAAAACCAAACACACACUGUAUUCUGUUGCAUUCAGAAAACAAGAGUAAAAUAGUCACUCGGCACCUUCACGAUCAUACAGCACAGACGACAACAAUGUACCACAGUUAAUUAAAGCACUCAAUACUAAGAGUUAAUAAAAUGUCCUGCUGUAUGUCUUGAUUUGACUAGAGAGUAUUAAAAGACACAGAGUCAUGUGGUAGCUUGUUGCCACCUUGUGGGUGAAUCAUGGUGACUGGAGACGCACCGGUGGGUGACUUCUUUGGAUUCAUAUGUUUCUCUUGCUAUAUAAAACAAAAGAAAGCCAGCACUCUGAAUUAAACAAAAGCAAAAAGUAAGGGAAAAAAAUCAGGAUAGGUCGGCUGUAGUCAUUUCAGUAUUCAUUACUAGUUCUGGUCAUUGUAAUCAAUAGAAUCCUUUAGGGUGCAAUAUCAGGCAUUUAAACCAGGCAUUCAUAUGUUUCUUGGAGGUUUAGAUGAGUUGGUGAUGCAAAAGCAAAAAGUAAUAUUAUAGAUAUUAGUGAGUCAGUCCAGUAGAUGCUUCUGCCAUUAAAAUGAAACCAUCCAUCCAUCCAUCCAUCCAUCCAUCCAUCCAUCCAUCCAUCCAUCCAUCCAUCCAUCCAAUAAUUUGAACUGUUGCCUCGGGCAGCUGCUACAGGUACAUCAAGAAAGGACUGACAGAUUUAAGGACAGCUUCUUCCCCAGAGCCCUCACCACUCUGAACCCAACACUCACCAGUGUUCUACACAGUGCAAUAUAUGCUGCAGUAUUUUAUUUUGUUUUAUUUUAUUUAUUUAUUUUUGCUGGGUUGCUUGUUGCUUGUCUCUUGUGCACCCUGAUGUGAAGCCGUUCUUAUUUUGUUGAACAUUGUAUUAUGACAACAAACUCUCUGAUCCAAUCUAAUCUUCAUUUAAUUGGCUUCAGUUGAAAAGAGACGAACUGUACACUUUGGGAUAUUGUCCACUAGGGGGACAAAGUUCAUUUUGAGCUGCUGCCCCACUCUUUUAUUAAGGAAGCCCCCUCUGUGACUCAUCCUGCUGAAUUUGCUGAAGGACUCAUGUGAGGCUCAGUAUCAGCUCGUCACUGUCCUAAAGUUCUGUAGCAAAGAGAUUUAUCUAUGGUAGCACUGUAACAGAAUGGACACAAUACUGAAUUUCCUUUUAUUUGUCACUUGCCACGUGCCAUAAUGUUGGACUGCCAAAAUUGUGACAGGAAUAGAUAUCCUCUGCCACCAGAAGAUAGAGUUUUAUUUAUUUAUUUAUUUAUUUUUAGGUUUUUGAGUGAUCUUUUAAGAAAUUAAAGUGACAUAUUUUUAGUAUAAUGUUAUAGCUGAGCUGACAGGCACUUUCAGUCAGAAGUGAGGGAGGCUCGACUGCAAAGAGCUGCAGAUUUGUUCAGGUACCGCGAUGACACAUCACCCUCCGUUCAGCAUGAGGAUGAAAGACUUCUCUCCUCUACCUUAAAUGACACAUUGGAGCCACUUUUCAUUUACAUCUUCUCAAAAAAUACUUUAUGGUUGUCUGAAGGAAGGCUUGUAAGCUUAAAAGACUGGAGUGAAAAUCUAAAUGUCAGGCACAGCUGUAACCGAUAGCAUUAAAGUGAAACUCUCGCCAAAAAGCAACCGAGGCUUUAUUUGUGAUUGUAUAUGAGUCAAACCUUCGUGUAAGAGCAUAACUACGUCGGAAGAGGCGCUUUUAAGAUUUUCCGUAGUUUCGUUUUCGGGCAAGCUAAUUUUCAGCAGAUUGCAUGGGGCACUCAUACGCUAGUAUUAAAAAAGCUAUUAAAAAACUGAGAAGGCUGAAACAAGAAACAUGAAACUUUGCUCGUAGUAUCACCAGGGUCUCUACACAUGAACACGAGCACUGAGAACAUUGUUUGAGGAGCGGUCCACCAUUACUCGCCUUCGUGUUAGGUCUCACUCGGGGAUCAACGCUUUUUGUCUGCCAUAAUGGCGGCGUGCCGAAGAUACAGCUGCUAACAUGAGUUGUUCAAAAACCUUCUUUUUAGUAAACUCUGUGUACACAAACAAUGUUCUGAAUGCUCGUGCACAGGUUUUCAUUUUAUUUAACGUUUAGAGAGAGCCAUCUGAGCUGUCAUCCAUUUCCUGUCUGUAGCUUCAUGUCCAACAGACAGUUGUAAAAGAGCGGUAUCCAUGCACCAUAUACCAGCACCACAAGCCGAGUACCAUCUGUUUCUAUUAUAUUGGCAAAAAAGACUGCCGAUAUCUAAAAAACUUAAAGACUCUCAAGAAAACAAUCUAGACGGACAAAUAUGUUUUUUGUGUGUGUUGAACUGUGCCUUUAAAUUCAAGAUGAAAUACCCUUGGUCAUGGCAGGUGCAUUACUGGAAGACACGUAUCAGCAGGCCCCCGGGUCAGUGAGCGUCUUGCUGUGUCCUAUCUAAGAGCCACAGCGUAGUGUGUGAAUGACGCUAUCCUUUGGAUCACAGAAACACCAUUAUCAGCACGCGCUGACAUCACUCGGCCCUCCGCAGCAGCAGCAGCGCAACGCCCCGCCACGGCCCACACACACACACACACCACCGCUCGCCUCCUGCAGCACAAUCAUUGUGUUCAGCGGCCGGCCCAUUGUCUGCGCAGGGGCACGCUGGACAAUGUCGCCAAUCUCUGUCCAAACCAUGAUCCAACACUGCUAUUGUGACCCCGUCGUUUUCCCACUUAACCGGACAAGAUGGUGUUCCCGUGUGAUUAGAGGAGAGGGUGGGGGGGUGGGGGUCCUCUGUUCUGCCUGGCACUGGGGUUGAGAAUGUGAGGACGGCACAGAUUAUCAAUCUGUGACGUUGGUGCAGUCACUGAGAAGACAUGUGGACGGGCUCGUUGCACAACACAAGGAUGUCACCGUCAUCUUGACCUCUCCGCUGGCAGUGAGUUUCGCGCGGUAGGAGUUAAAGCUUCUCUACGUUUGGAUCCUGUUUCUCUGCCUCCAGUGUGAAGUCAGGAUACUUCUACCAUCUACAACGUCGGUGGAACACUUCCCUCAAAUCUGGAUUACCCAUACAGUCUUUUCUGCCAAGUGGAAACUGCAAGUCCACACAACUGUUGGGUUCCCAAACCGGCCAUUGUAAUGCUUUGACUAAGGCUGUGUUAUGGGAGGCAGAUGGAUGGACGGCUGCACACGGCGCUCGUCUGUGCUCAUCAUCACUGAGUGAGUGGCUGUUCUAACAGAGGUUGAGAUGGAGCACAGGGUGGUCCUGCUCUCAUCGCUGUCGUAGUUAAUAGAAAAAUAACUGUUAAAAUCUCUUUGAAUGUAAGUUUGAAUCCUGCUGUUGUGUUCUGAUCACCCACCCAAACUCUGCACAAUCUUCUAAGGUCUGGUUUUCAUGCUGGAUGAGCUGUGAACACGGCCAUGCCCGAGAUGCAGACUUUCUACCAGCCUUACGAUAUCCGUCACCCCCCGGGGUUCUACUUGGACCCCAGCCUGGUGCAACGACGUGUCCUGGACGAUCAGGUGGAGCUGUGGUGGUCCAGAGAGCCACGCCACUCGAUGUUGUGCUACUGUGCCUCCGUGGCGCUCAUAAUGGCGCUGGGACUGGGUGGCGUGGGCCUCCUCUCCACCACCACCAGCCUGUCCGGGGAAUGGCGCCUCGGGGUCGGCACCACGCUCUGCCUCUUAGCCCUGGCUGUCCUGCUCAAGCAGCUUCUCAGCUCUGCCAUCCAGGACAUGAACUGCGUGCGUAGCCGACGCCGGAUCGACCAGCUGAAGAGCGGCGGGAGGGCUGACCCGGCGCUGAUCUUAGCUGUGGGGCUGGCAGUGACGCUCUGCGGGACGGUGCUUCUCUGCAUGGCCACCAUCGGCAGCCAAAGCCAUGACAGCAGGGAGAUGCUGGUGUCUAGUCUGGUGCUGAUGGCUGCUGGGACAGGCAUGGCUCUAGCUGUUGUGGUCUACAGCGCGCUCACGUACCUUAAAAAAAGAAGGGAGCAGAGGAGGAGGGCGUUGAUGAGAGUGAGCAGAGCGAGGAUGCUGGGGAGCCGAGCCGUCAGGGUGUUCAGCGUCUCUGGGGGACAAAUGAGCCAGGCCAGGAGGGAGGCGACCUCCAGCAGGACCAGUCUGAUCUGAAUGGACUCACUGGCCACAAUCACUCAGAGAUACAGGAUGAAAGAUGAAGUUUGUGUAGUAAAUGGGCUAAAAGCUGUUGGGUGUUGAGGUACCUACCUAGUAAUAGUUACAAGACAGAACAGACUGCUGCAUCACGUGGAUCAACAGUGGCUCAGCGGUCCGAUGAACACGCCAUCUGCUGUGUCAGUAACACUUUAUCCAUCAUUAAAGGUGCACUAUGAAGCUUUUAACCAAAAGUGUCUGAAUCUGAAUCUUCAUUCUUUGUAUUCAGGACUGAACACACCAAACGAACAGACUGUUUGCAGGACCCCUCGAAGAAGCCACCUUUCUUGCUUCAUACUGUGUUCUGGGGACCUUAUUUCCAUUUGAGGACAUAUCGUUUAUUCAGUUAUGGAAGCACUGUAUAUACAAUAAAUAUAUCUGAGUUUGUCUUAUUUCCAGUUUGAUACAGUAAGUGUAGUUCUGAGUCUGAAUUUAUUUUCCAAGAAGACAGAGUGCACCUUUAAUAAAUGGUAAAUUUAUAGUUAUUCAAACUUUAGUUGUUUAGUUUAGUUAUGACAAUGUUAGCAAACAACACUUUAUAAACCAUUUAUAAAGCAGUUGCAUUUUGUAAAGUUGCAACUGAUGUUAAUAAACCUUAAUAACUGCUUAAUAGAGUUUAUAGAGAUUUCAUUGUUUGGUAACACUGUCAUAACCAUCAACCAAAGUUUAAAUAACUAUAAAUUGACCAUUUAUUUAUGGUGGUGGUGUGUCAGUGUUACCCAAUGUGUACAUCCAAUCAGACAUUACUGUGAUGCAAACGUACGGAAGCCUACAGAUGCCAGUGAGAGAAUUGUUGUUGUUGUUUUUUACUAAAUUUGUUUUUGAUCUAGGAAAACAUUUCCUUCACCUGCUUUCACAGAUGUAAAGAAUAACGAAUUAAAAGAUUAAAACGGGCCACCACAUUUUUUUUCUUUCUUGCCCCUCAGGGCUUUUGUACAUACUUUGUUCUGUGUUAAUAAUGAUCAUUUUUCUGUUCUCUACCACUGACUCAAUGAUGAUGAAUGUUGACCAAGUAAGUGAACGGCAAUGGACUUUAUUUAUUACGUACAUUUCUAAUAAAAAUCAGUCUAUACAUAUUAUUGCAUUAAAAAACUUUUUUUUCCCUGCCUUUCCCACAAACUGAUCAUUUUUAAACAGAAAUCUGUAACUUUCUUCACAUCCAGUUUUACUACAGUGUGCUUACUUCCUUAAUUGUUGAUUCACAGUCACAAUAUAAUCAACUGCCCAAAAUGAAUGUGAAUACUUAACUUAUUUGAGUGAUUGGCAGGCGAUGUCAGAAUUUCCCAUUGCAAGACAUGGAUGAUUAAACAUGUAAUCCAUUGAUUUUAAAGUCCUGAUUUAAGGUCAUUUUGAGGUUCAUACUUUUAUUUUGGUGCAUCUAAUCUAUGUGCUUAAAUGUUAUUAUUUUUCUCAUACUGUUUCUAUUUCCCUUCUGUCUGAACACUCUAUGUUAGCUCCCAUCUCUUUAAAGCCCAGUCUGCACUGAUUGGUCAGCUCUCGCAGGCCUGAGCAGGCAUUGCCGUACAACCAGUUAUUAUAACCAGUGUUCAUGACUACAGUCCUGAACUGCUCACUAAUUAAAUAAUAUAAACACAUAUAUGUUAUUCAGAAAAGUAUCCUUAAUACAAACAGCAGAUACACUGUGUUUCCAUACAGUAUAUUUUGGCUGUUGAUGUGUAAUUUGAGGCAACAAUACGUAAUAUAGGUUAAAAUGUACCUGGAGAUGAAGCCCAGCACGCAGUAACUGUUUCUUGGUCAUACCGUAGUCACAGGGAGGCCUGAGCAGGCGCCGCCCAACAACCAUUUAUUACAACCGGUGUUGAGAUGGGAUCGUUGUGUUGUGUUGUGUAGUGACAUCACAACCUUAUGAAAGUCCUGAAGACCCAGACCCAAAAUGCAUUCACUCUAGUCUCCAAGUUUUUAGAGCCAUAGCCCAGGUUGCAGAUAAUCUCUAUUUUUUCAUUUACCUACUGUACUAUCCAGUGGGAUGUGCUCAUCAUACGUCACUAAAAUGAACUCAGUGAGAAGCAGUAACAUUUUUCAAAAAAAUCUAUUUACUUUUUUUUUCAUUGCUUUCAUCUAAUCAAACUAUUUAAAUGUGGCCAUUUAACCAUUUUUAGCAACUGUGGCUCGAUCAGUUUUCACAUUUAUCGUAUCAUCGACUGCACAUUUUCAGCGUUUCCCAAACUAUGAAUCAGUCCUUUCAAGGGGGUCAUGGGAUGAUAUCAGAGCGAAAAAUGAAUGUAAAUUUUGAAAGAUGUGUGUCAUUGUUUUAUCUCGUGAUAUCUAUAGUUGUGACUAUUCAGGCCUAAGACAGUUAUCUUUAGUGGAACCACACACAGUUCAAAGACACGUGCA